CUGGUCGACCUCUUAAGUCCUAUGAGUUGGCCAAUCUAGCAGCGAAACGCCUAACCAUUCGACGUUAAACGCUGAAUAGUGCAGCGUCUGUCGAACGCCGAACCGAGCGACGUUUAACUUGGUCAGCUAGACUGACCAUGCCGAACCAUUCGACGUUGUAAAGAACCAAUAUCUUCAACAGAAGCCUGACUUUCUCCCCAUUCUCUUUUCUUUCCCAAAAUUCCAACUUCUUCCCCAAAAUUCCAAUUUCAAUAUCUCGAGUUGUAGGAAGUUUUUUUCAAAUUCCUUCUGUGGGUUUGUUCUUCAUUGAAUUUGUGAUCGAUUGAAGGUGGUUUGGUGCGAUUUCAUCUACGAAAUAAUUCGAGUACGAGUAUGGAUGAAUUGAUAGACCGGUUGGAUACAGUUUCUUCAGAAAAUUGUGAUAGACAUGUGUGUCAAGAUGUUAUGAAAGAGUCUCGCAGUGUAAGCUUUAGAGGUAGUUUGAAAGAUGUUGAAAAGUAUUACCAAAUUGUAGUGCAAGAUAAUCCGGUAGCAAAACAAUUUUGUGAUAAUUGUGGCUUUUCCUCUGUUUUUGAGUUUGAUUUCACCAGUGGGGAUAGAGCCUUAGUUGAAGCCAUAGCUGAGAGAUGGUGGAAAAGUACCAAGAGCUUUCAUUUUCGGGAGUUUGAGAUUGGCCUCAACCCUUUAGAUUGGUACAUGUUAACGGGAAUUCCCACUGGUGACUAUUGUAAACGACCAAUAGUUAUGCCGCAGUUGGGUAGUCAUCUAACAUAUCCUGCUUUGGAUGAUCUGUAUUUUUCGGGUAUCAAAAUUCAUGGUCCAUGGGACUCUAAGACUAAUACAUUCUCCUUGGUGGUCUUGAAGAACUACAUUGAAAGUAGAAGAGGCCAGGAUAAUAUUGAUGUGCAGUGACAUUGACACGAGCAUUCUUUAUGUGGUGUUUUGGUCAUUUUCUUCUAACGCAUUCUAGUGGAAAAAUAGAUAAACGUUGGGUUUUGUUAUUGGAUGACUUGACUAGAGUUGGGGAGUAUGAUUGGGGUCUAGCUUCGUUAGGUAAUACCUAUGAAUAUCUCGACGAUUGGUCAACCAUAGGUACAAAUUUAGUUGGCAUGGUUGUGGUACUUGAAUAUUGGUACUAUUACUACUUUCGCAACAUGCAACCCUUGCUUUGUCAGACACCUGGAGGAUAUUAUGAUGUUUUCCCAAAUAUUUGUCUCUUCAAGAAGAUUAGGAUUGCAUCAAGGAAGAGAGAACAUCGAAACGGCCAAAAGGAUACUAUGAAACACUCAGUCAAAAGCUCAAGAACACAGAUUGACACAAGAACAAGGGAAACAUGUAUUUGGCAACCAUGGACAGAGAGUCAGUAUGCUGCGGGAGACCAAUAUGAGUAUGCACUAGAGGUAUCCAAAAAGAGAUUUCUUUUUGUUCACUUUGAAAAGCGUACAAGAGUUAGUUGUUAUUUGGCUGAGAGAUUCCAGAGGCAGAUUACAGGUGAUAUUGUAGUCCCGGCAAAUCCUCCAAAUUUGGAAACAAUUGAUGAAAAUGAUAUUGUAGUAGAGGUCAAUGACUAUUAUACAGUGACUGAGGAUCAAUAUAACACUCGGUGGACGAAGAAGAGUGUUGGACCUUAUGUCACUGAGUCAUACCAUGCACAGAACGUCGAUGAGAUAGCAGUGGGUAGCUCAGUUGUUCCUCGCCGUUUGUUUCCUGGUCAUCCUCCUCCUGACAUGAUGUCGCAGACAUACACCUAUGACACACAUAAUUAUCCCCCAUCACGAUUGCCGGAGAUAGAUUUCAGUUUACCAUUUUCCAAUGAAACCGGCGUAGAACGUCAAGUACCAGUUCCAAUGGUUCCUUGUCCGUAUAACUUUCUGCAGAUGAAUUUGACAAUGGAAGAUUGCAUUAGGUGGAUGGAAAAAUCAUGUUCAUACCAGCUUGGAUCUCGUCAAGCCGCAUGGGACGAGUCGUACAAAUCGGCUACAACUUCAUGUUCCUCAUCUGGCAGAUCUACAUCUUCUUCGGUACCAUAUAUCCAUCCUCCAAACAACCCAAAUGAAGCUUUUACAUCACAAGGCCUCACAUUAGGUGGUUCAUAUGAAUGGGCUACGGGUCAAGGAUUUUACACUCCUAGGGUCGAAGAUGGAGCUACUACAUCACAACAAGGAAAUGCACAAUAUCAACAAGGAGGAAAUGAAUUUACCGAUGCGUUGUUGGGAAGCGAGCCUAACAUUGUUUAUGAUACUCAGUUCAACCAAGAACCCCAUAAUUUCUUAUGACCUGAAUUAAAUUACUUGUCGUAGUGUUAUACUUUGUUUAAGAUUUUUUUAUGGAGUGUUUA